AGGUGAGUCAGAAUUCUUGGAAGUUCAAAAACAAUGGAACAAAAGAGAGUGUAAAGAAGAAUAGGUUUUAAGAAGUAGAAUUAUAAACUAAAAUUAAAAUUAUACAAAAAUAAGAUGGCAUACAGCCACAGUGGAAUACAUGGCACUCCCUCCACAACAUCUACAGAGUAAUCAGAUUGCUGCUAACAAGAAAAUCAUAUUUAAGAGGAACUCUUCUAUACGCAAGAUGCUAAGGAACAACAAAGAGGCUAUUUACACAACAUUCAUUCCUAUGUAUACAGAAUACCAGUAAAAGACAGCAGAAGGCAUUAUGCUUAACAACUUAUGCUACAUAGGAGCCACUAAAACAGAAUAGAGGAACAUUAAGAUAACAUCUGGGAGUUGUUGUCAGUUACAGCCUUAGUAGGCUAUGCAGUAGCAGACCCAGGUUUCGUUAUAGUAGAAUGAAAUCGAGCAGAAAUAAUCCAAAAGGUUCAGGAAAGGACAGAUUAAAUAUGCAGAAGCAAGGCACGUUCAUAAGGCUAUUGUGGCGAACGCCGCCCUUCACAUCUGUAUCCUUAACAGUUGUAAAAUACAAGCAAUUACUCCCAGGUGUAUGAGUCAUCACUUCCUGGAAUAAAUUCGAACUCACCCCACAAAGACCGACAAAAGAUAAAGACAACCACAACCCAAAAACCACAUUGGUGAGCCGGAUUAAGAACAUAAUCUGACUAAGAACUACCAUUGGAAUCUUCAUCAGAUACGCCGUUUUUCCUUUUCUCAAGACCUCAGUCAUCAGAUCAUGGCCGAGAUUGGAGCAGUAAAAAUUCCUCCAUACAACUUUUCCGACCCAGCUUUAUGGUUCUACAUGUGCGAAAGCACAUUUGCGCUAGGAUCUCCAAAGCCAAUCACGGAAAAUGCCACAAAGUUCAACUACGUAGUGGCCCAUUUACCACCGGAAGUCGCAUCAACGGUUAGAGACAUUAUUAUUUCUCCAGACUGUACAGACCCAUCCGGUGAAUCGUCUCAACAGGAGUUACAAAAACUAUUGGCCGGAGAACAGCUAGGAGAUCGCAAACCCUCUGAACUACUACGUGUUCUAAAGCGUUGGGCGGAAAAUUUUCAAAUCCCGGAAACAGUUAUACUAGAAUUAUUCAUACAACACCUUCCGACUUCUGUCCAAUCUAUCCUAGUUGCCAUUACCCCACUCGACGUAGACAAAGCAGCGGAGGUAGUGGACUGCAUGGUGGAAGUAACCUCUGCAACGAUAGCUUCAGUGUCGCAUCCUGAGAAACCCGAUACCGUAACCAACAAAAUACUAGUCGAAAUAGAUAAACUUAACAAGCAAAUCAAUCAACUAACGCAAGCACGUCGGGAUCGUAGUGACCAUUUUUCUCGACGCUCCCGCAGCAGUUCAGGACAUCGCAACAAUUCAACUCACCGCAGUAUCAACAACUACUGCUGGUACCACAACCGUUUUGGCGCAAAGGCACAAAAAUGUACUCCUCCGUGUAGUUUUUCCAACAAACGAGAGCGGCGAAGCGUAGAGGCGACAUGCACUUUGCCGGAACAAUCUCGUCGCCUGUUCAUCCUAGACAAGAGAACGAACAUAAACUUUCUCGUCGACACAGGUUCCGACGUAUCAAUAUUUCCAGCCUCCUCGUCUCAAAAGAAACGCGCAUCUCAAAUGACCUUGAUGGCAGCAAACACAACUGCAAUUCAUGUCUACGACCAACGAACACUCACUCUCAAUUUUGGGUUAAAAUUUUUCGCUGGAAAUUUCUUAUUGGCAACGUGUCAACGGCAAUAAUAG